UCGGUCUUCUACACCUAACAGUAAUGUUCUCAGCUGUUUGGGAAUCUGUAUACAAUGCAGAUAUUUUCAGGCUUAUGGCACACAUACAUUAGGAAGUAGGAGUUAAAGUCCUACCAAAAUCAUAUCCCUCAUACCUUUUUGCAGUAAAAAAUAAUGUCAGAUGGUUUUAAAGAUUUAUUUACAAUAUUUUUAUAUUGUUAAAAAUGAAUGAAAAUGAAGAAAAAAUUGUAUUUGGUGUAAAUAUCAGGAAUACAGAAAGGUUUGUGUUAUGACUACCAAUUUUCAUUAUUUUAACUUUGUUUCUGGAAUUCUUUUUGUCCAUUAGUUUGGCAUGGCAGGUGUGCUACAAUAUCCAUGAGCCAUAGCCACUGUUACAAUGGAGAAUACCACAGUCAGAGGUUUGAUCAUUGGAUAUGUGGACAAAAUGCGGCACCAUAGUUACUGAAUACAUAAAAUAAUUGACCCAGAAUCCAAAAGUAAACUAUAGUGGAGCACAUAAAAGAAUUGAAGCUCUGUGAUUGGAUGUUCCUUGCUGUAAUGCACCUUGGGACUUGUAGUUAACUACUGUUUUUUUGUACACAGAUUUCAAAUUUUAUGAAAGAACCUGAUUUUUACUUUACAACUGGCUAAUGAUGCCUCAGGCCAUCCAGCAGGGGCUUUCUUAAACUAGGCACUUUAAAUUUAUGUAUGGUUUUCAUUGUACAGCAUUUUUAUAUUGAGCAUUUUUAAUAUUGAGGCUUCAUGUGGCUUUGUUUGUCUGUUUUUAUGUUUUGUCCUCUGAUGUGUUGACUUUGCACUUUGAGCUACUUGCACAUUUUUUCCAAUGCAGGUUACACUGCAAAUGGCUAAUAAAGUGAAUCUGGAAUCUGGAAUCCGGUGUGUGUAGCCAAGAAUAGAAUGCCCCGCUCAGCUGUAGAUUGUGCGUGUUCAUUAUCGCAUCACAUUCUGUUGGAAUGUUAUGUCAUAGUAUGGGUCUUUUUCCAAUGCAGAGGUGACAAGAGAGUAAACCUUUACAUUUCAAAUCUCAUUGAGACCCAGUGUGAGUCUGUAGAAAAUCAACAGGAAAGAUGGAGAGCUUUCAGAUAGGUGACAUCGAUGACAAGCAUUUGUAUAAGACAGACCCCAUGUCAGCUUAUCACCAUUAUGUCCUGUCAUCCAUCCUUCCCGAUGCUGAACGGGAAUAUAUCUGCACGAAGAAGAAAAACAAGGAACUCGAGAAGGAAAACGAGGUCCUCAGGAAGAAAGUUGACUUUUUGAUGACUGACGCUGAGCAGUUCAAGGCAGAGCGGCAAAAAAUCCAAAAGGUGAGCAAGAACAGAGACCACCAGCGGACCCAACUGUUGCACUGCAAGGAUGAAUUGUCUACGUUGGGUAAGAAGAUGGCGAUCAAGGAAACGGACCUGAGGCGGCUGCACAAGCAGAAUGAGGCCCAAAAGGAGGAGCUGGAGUCCACGAAGACGGAGCUGCAGUCGGCGAAGCAGGCUGCUGUCGCCCAGAGGGCCGAGCAGCUACACCUGAAGGAACGACUGGACCAGGUGAUCAAAGAGCGAGACGGCCUGAAUGACGUGCUGCUGCGCUGCAAAAAUGAAUGCUCCGAGUUGCGCAACAAGAUCAGCAACCAGCAAUCGACCAUGAACAAGAGGGUCAGUCAGUGCAAAGAGCAGAUGAAGCAAAUCCAUCUCCUCAAGCUGGAGAAACAGACACUUCAGAAGGAGAGGGGCAUCAUAGACGGCGAUGCAGAGGUCCAGAGGCGGGAGCUCCGAAAGUGUGAGGAAGAGCUCCACACACAGAAGGAGAAGCUCAAAGAGACCAAAAGGUUACGCGCUCUUGAGGAUCAAAUAGGGAAAAAAAUACUAAUGAUCCAACAAAAACCGUACAUGCUCAAAAAACCCAGCCCAGUGGUGCCUCUCCAGAAGGUUGAGUCCUUACAGAGAGAGCUCCUCGCCCAGGCUGAAGAGCUGAGGAAAACCCAGAAGCGGUGUGAGGAGCUGCUGGAAAAACUGACCAAGGUAGCGGCACAGUUCCUGCAGUGCCAGGUGACGGUCAGAGACCAGAAAGAAAAGCUCAAGGCAGUAACCGCAGAGAGGGACAUGUACAAAAGUCAGACGGAAAAAGUGGGGAUUGAAUUGGUUGAAAUAAAAAAGGGGCACCGCAGUGAAAAGCAGCGCAACAGAGCGGCCAAGAGGAUAAAGAAAGUCAGGCUGUCAACUGGAGACAGAUUAAAGGUGUCCCAUCCCCCACCAAUCACCAGUAAAGUCCAGAUGCAGUCCGAAUUAAGCAUUAUAGGGACAAAACUGUAAAAUGUGCUCUUGGAUCUUCCCAGCUGUCCGAGGAGACUUUGCCUCUUCCAGGGGUUUUUGUUGUCUUCUCAGGGAGCUCGGGCUGGGUCUUUGUCCAUCAAGAAAUUUCUAUAUAAAAAUAAACUGACUUAAGUUGAUACUGAUCUACGUAGUUAUUUGUGGUUCUUGUUAGUGUAAAGCCCCUGACACACCAACCUGACAGCUGAAAGGCAGUCGGACUGGUCAAUCAGCUCCCCGAGGUCCAAAAAGUGCCUCGGAACACACUGAAGCGACGCCGUCUUGAGCGUUGGUUCUGCGCGUGCGCGAGACAUAAUACAAAAGAUGAAAACCGGAAAUGA